AAAAUGUGCUGCUAGCUAGCUUGCAAGCUGCAAACAUGAGACAUUCGUAGUCUAUUAGCCAAGAUAGCGCGCAGGGCCACGGAAAAGAUGACGCAUCAUGACGUUAAAUGGCUGGACAACCUCUCCUGGCUUCGGUUUAGGGACGAAAAUAAGCUUCCACGCGGACUUGGAGAAAUCGAUGAACAAGACAUGGAUCGAGGAGGGAUGAAGUACAGCAAUAACCAGGACGAGCGGGUGAAUUUCGGGAAUUCCAACGGCAGAGCGUUCCAGGGGGAAGGCAGCGGCCUGCCGGCCCCGGCGACGCCUCAGUCCAUCCUGGGGGACGUCUCCAACGGCGUGGGCAAGGGCGGAGCCCCCCGGGAGGAGCUGACCACGGCCGUGUCGGCCUCCAUGGGCCUGUACACCGAGGACGCCGACGCCAAGCCGCUGGGCGUGGGGGGCAGCCCGCAGCUGCAGAAACAGCAGCAGCAGCAGCAGCAGCAGCAGCAACAGCAGCAGCAGCAGCAGCAGCAGCAGCAGCAGCAGCAGCAGCAGCAGCAGCAGCAGCACACGCUGGGCUCCUUCUCCCUGGGCGAGAACUUCUCCCUGCUGGAGGCCAGCAUCGCGGACCUGAACCGCUGCUCCACCGCCGUGGACCCGCUGACCGGCCUCGGGGUCGGAGUCGGCCCGGAACCCUUCCAGCUGAAGAUGGAGUUCUCCCCCGCGGGGAAGGACCGGCUGGACAUGGAGUCGGAGAGCUUCGGCCAGGUGGGCAAGGAGCAGGAGCUGAACGCCCGGCUCUUCGCCGAGAACAGCCUGGACAUCCUGCAGGACCUGGAGCUGCCGGGCUCCCUGACGGACCUCAACGAGUUCUACGUGGGCGACGAGGCCGCCUUCCUGUCCUCGCUGUCCGUGGACGAGGCCCUGAUGGGCGACGUGGGGGCGCUCAAGGAAACCAAGCCCGUCGUCAGCGGCAACGGCGGCAUCGCCGGCAUGUGCGGCGGUGGGGUGAACGGGUCGGAGCAGCAGCAGCAGCAGCAGCAGGCGGCGCAGGAGGCCGCAGCGGCCGCCGGCCUCCUGCCCGUCAUCAAGAAGGAGAAGGACUCCUUCAUCCAGCUGUGCACGCCCGGCGUGAUCAAGCAGGAGAAGGAGAGCAGGAGCUACUGCCAGAUGGGCGGCGCGGACCUCUCCAGCCCGCUGCACUCGCCCAUCUCCGUCUGCGGGGUCAGCACCUCCGGCGGCCAGAGCUACCACUACGGAGUCAGCUCGCCGUCCGCCGCCGGCCUGCCGGACCAGAAGCCCGUUUUCGGCCUGUACCCGCCCCUGGGCCCCGCCGACGGCUGGGGCAGACCCAAGGGCUACGGCGACCCCGCGGACAUGGGGCGGGGGGGCGAGCUCGUCUCCGUCUCCCAGGCCUUCGCCGGCGGCUACAUCAGCCACGCCCCUCGGGCCGAGUCCACGGCCAGCGCGUCCGCGGGGUCCUCGAAGAGCGGCGCGACCCACAAGAUCUGCCUGGUGUGCUCGGACGAAGCCUCCGGCUGCCAUUACGGCGUGCUCACCUGCGGCAGCUGCAAGGUGUUCUUCAAGAGGGCCGUGGAAGGAUGGAGAGCACGACAAAACACGGAUGGUCAACACAAUUACCUGUGCGCGGGGAGGAACGACUGCAUCAUCGACAAGAUCCGACGGAAAAACUGCCCCGCCUGCCGCUUCCGAAAGUGUCUCCAGGCGGGAAUGAACCUGGAAGCGAGGAAGACGAAGAAGCUGAUCAGGAUGAAGGGCCAGCAGGUGGCGUCGUCCGAGCCCGUCCCGCCGAUGGCGGAGGAGGGGGCGCGGGCGCUGCUGCCCAAAUCCAUGCCCCAGCUCAUCCCCACCAUGCUGUCGCUGCUGAAGGCCAUCGAGCCCGAGACCAUCUACGCCGGCUUUGACAGCACCAUCCCCGACACCUCCAACCGCCUCAUGACCGCCCUCAACCGGCUGGGCGGCCUGCAGGUCGUCUCCGCCGUCAAAUGGGCCAAGGCCCUGCCAGGGUUCCGGAACCUUCACCUGGACGACCAGAUGACCCUGCUGCAGUGCUCCUGGCUGGUGCUCAUGUCCUUCAGCUUGGGGUGGAGGUCCUUUCAGCAGUCCAACGGGGGCAUGCUGUGCUUCGCCCCCGACCUCGUCAUCAACCAGGAGCGGAUGAAGCUGCCCUACAUGAACGACCAGUGCGAGCAGAUGCUGAAGAUCUCCAACGAGUUCGUGCGGCUGCAGGUCUCCUACGAGGAGUACCUGUGCAUGAAGGUCCUUCUGCUGCUCAGCACAGUGCCGAAGGACGGGCUGAAGAGCCAGGCCGUGUUCGACGAGAUCCGCAUGGCGUACAUCAAGGAGCUGGGCAAGGCCAUCGUGAAGCGCGAGGAGAACUCCAGCCAGAACUGGCAGCGCUUCUACCAGCUGACCCGGCUCCUGGACUCCAUGCAGGAGAUGGUCGGGGGGCUGCUCAACUUCUGCUUCUACACCUUUGUGAAUAAAUCCCUGAGCGUGGAGUUCCCCGAAAUGUUGGCGGAGAUCAUCAGCAACCAGUUACCAAAAUUCAAAACGGGGAGCGUCAAGCCCCUUCUGUUUCACCAGAAGUGACUGCCUUACAGUGUAUACAAUGCCUUAAAAAAAACCCCAACCAGCCCGGCCCGACAGCCCUAAACACACACACAUACUCACCUGCGUGCACACACACACACACACACACACACACACAUUUGCGCACGCACCAGCUUGCUUACACAUCCUCAGAGGAAUCCCACGUUGGAGGCGGGGAUGCCCGAUGGCGUGCUAACGGGCGCUAGCCCGAGACAUUGUGCUAACGGGCGCUAGCCCGAGACAUUGUGCUAACGGGCGCUAGCCCGAGAUGGCACGCUAACGGGCGCUACCCUGAGAUAGCACGCUAACAGGCGCCACCCUGAGACAUCGUGCUAACGGGCGCCAUCCUGAGACAUCGUGCUAACAGGCACUACCCCCGGAGACAUCGUGCUAACGGGCGCUACGCCGAGACGUCGCGCUAAUGGGCGCUACGCCGCGCUAACGGGCGCCACCCUGAGACAUCGUGCUAACGGGCGCUACGCCGAGACGUGGCGCUAACGGGCGCCACCCUGAGACAUCGUGCUAACGGGCGCUACCCUGAGACAUCGUGCUAACGAGCGUUAGCCCAAGACGUGGCGCUAACAGACACUACCACGAUACGUGGCGCUAUAACGGGCGCUACCCUGAGGACCCAGGAGGGCCGUGAACGAGGACGGCCAGGCAAGGAAAACAGGAACUGAGCGCUUCAGAGACGUUAGCGCUCACAGGGCGCUUUAACAGACACACAUUUUUAAUUGGCUGGAAAGUACACUCAUACUGACACACACACACACACACACACACACGAGUUAUGCUUUUAAAAACCAAUACAAUAUUUUAUAUCAUUAGAAUAUUGAUUUUAUGCAUGCACACUGCUAAAAUGUUUACAAAUAUACAUCAGAAAAAGGGAAAACACGUGCCUUUUUUAAGCUUUGCUGUAUGGUUUUAGAAUUCCCCCCCACCUCCACCCAAACUCUAACUGUCCAGGGCAAGUACUUUGCAUACACAAUGAUUGUUCUUGUGUCCCCCCCCGCCCCCCCAGCCCCCCCCCCCCCCAACUUGCACUGGCAGUUCCUGUCCUUUUUCAUGUUUUACAUUUUUUUUAAUAGCCAUGUUUCCUGAUCUGGGCAGCUGAAUGAUGGUGAAAUAAAACAAGUGAUCCUUACAAUUAUGAAUUAUGUAAAUCCAAAAAAAAAAAAUUCUUUUCUUUUUAGCUUAAUGUUCCGUGUUAAAUUUCUUCGAAAUGGCAGCGCUUUCCGGUUUGUGGCCAGCUUCGUUUGUCCUUUAAAUCAGAACACACAAACGCAAAACAAAAGGCCUGCAAGGAGGAAAAAAAAAAAAAAGGAUAAAAAUUGAUUUACUCUUCUGGUGAAAUGAAAAAGAAAAAAAAAAAAAGCUGCCAGCUUCAUGUUUUACACCGUCCACGAUUCCUGGAAUGUGGUCCGAUCCUGCCCGGAACUCUCUCUCCCGCGCUCGAGUCGCGUCCCCAGGUGGAGGGGGGAGGGGGGGGGGGGGUCACGCAGUUCGUGCAUCUGGCAGCGAGCCGCGCACCCCGUGUACAGUAGGCUACGUAGAUAAUCCAGCAUUCCCUCCCUCCCUCUCUCUCUCUCUCUGGAGCAGAAGGCUCGCAUCGCAGGCUGCGCACGCGCGUUUCACGCGAUUCGCCCCUGGACGGGGUCGCGCGAGCGCUUUCGCCCGUUUGCGUACGGCCGUUUUAGCCGUCGUCGUCGUCGUCGUCUGACCUCCUCGUUAAAACUCUCUCUCUCCCCUUUUCUUGUCGAUCGAUUGGAGGCCGUGGUUCCGCAGAGCUCCCUUAGAUCUCUGCACGCACGCGAACUGCUCAAAUGCAUACGCAAACGGCGGCCGAAGAAACGCGUUUCUUAGGUCCGGUUCGUCGCUUGUUUGACGCGCCUCCGCCUGUACUCUGCCAGUGCCAAACCGCGUUUUCUCAUUUGUAUUUUAACUAUCUGACAAUAGCGUUGUCUAACAGUAAAAAAUGUUAUAAAUGUUUAUAUGAGAAGAGUUUUUAAAAAGAAAGCUGAUAUAAAUAUAUAAAUAUAUAUAUAUAUUUUUUCCUCCUCUGUUAAAGCGUUUUAGUUUAGAAAUACUCAAGGUAAUCACAUGCUUGUGUCUGCUCAGGUUUCCGAUAUGUGAACGUAGUGGAUCGAUCCACUUUAAGACGCCAUGGACGUGUUGAUCAGUUCGAAAACGCAUUGCUGGUAAUUACUCUCAGCACCAUUUGUUCAUCAUGCCCUUUUAUAUAUACAUGUUUUUAGAAUAUAUAGAAUAAAGGUGUAAAGAUAUGUUCAAAGUUUUUAAUUAGGUCACCAGAACUUUCCCCCCUCCCGUUAAUGCCUGGCUUGGGUUUUGUUAAUGCUUAGACAGUGCAACAAAGCUUUUGAUUACCUAGAAUUGAUUGAUUUGAAUUUUGAAAUUGACAGGAAGCGGCAGCACACGCUUUCGCUGAGGUGACCGGUUCUUCUCGUGCUGUAUUUGUCAAUAGCCGUAUGCCUAUCUGCUACAGACUAAAGCCAUUUUUUCCAUGCAUAACAUCCAGCUAUUUUCAAUGAUUAAAAAACCAGGUAUGCUUGUGUGCACCUUUCUUUAAUAAUGACUUAAGAACAUUUUGGAGGCAAACGUCUGUGUGUGUGGAAUUAAAAAAUUGUGAUUGAUGUGACAGUUUUUUUUUUUGUUGUUCUUUUUAUUUUAUUUUAUUUUAUUUUAUUUUUUAGAAUUGUACAUUUUCUCGUGUUACGUGUAUGUAACGCAUCUCCCGGGAGACGGGGGGGUGGGUGUGGGUGUGGGUGUGGGGGGGGGGGGGGUGAAGCCAGGUCUCUCUUGAAAGGGAUUUGUUGAUCUCGUUGGGACCACCUGGUUAAAUGAGAAUGAUACCGACAAUGUAAUGCCCGCGACUGUCAGAAGCCGCCUUUCUGCGCGUCAGACUAGCCAUUAGCAUUCAAGCCGAACUGCUAACCUAUUGGAGAAAGAGAAAAAAAAAAAAAAAAAAUCAAAUAUCAGUAUUGAUAUUAGUCACAUGAUGAUUAUUCCUCUGAUGUUUUUAUUCUAUUUGUGCUUCACUACAAAGAACUUUAUUUUUAUGCAUUUUGGGUUACUUUCACAUACAGUCUCAGAGCUCCCGUUUUGGUAUGGAUUUCACAAAGAAAAGUUUUUCAGAUUUUUUUUUCCUUUAUUCUCUCUGGUAUAAAUUGAAUUUAGAAAAAAGGAAAAAAAAAAUAUUGAAUGAUUAAUUUUGAUGUACUAUUCUAACUAUAUUUAUUUCCUAAAAGGCCUAUUUUGAGGCAGGAGGAAGAUCCAGGUAAACAAAAAGGUGAUUCAAAAAUUUUUGCUCUAUUUUGCCAAUAAAUUUAAUCUGGGUGGUAUCUUCAUUUUAGUGACAUUGGUUCACUUGUAAUCCAUUAAGAAUCGGCAGUCAAUAUUUUUGUUUGCGUUUUUGACCAAGAAUAACCAUAUGCAAAUGUAUUUAAAGUGUUGAUGAAACAUGUUUGCUUGUACAUAAAUGUAAAUUAAAGUAUCAGUGGGAAAGAUUUUAUGGAAGAAUACCAUGUUUUUAAUAAUAAAAAAAUGGUGGGGAGGGAAACAAGUAUAUUUUGUAUCGUUCAACCAUUUGACCAAAGCAAAGCAGAGAAAUGAGCGUUCAUGAGCAGUUAUUUUUACAAUAGCACUUCUACGUAAUUAUCAACUAUAGCACUUAUAAGUUAUUUUUUUAAUCUAGCUUUUGUAAUGGUUUAGGUUUUGGUUUUCUUGUAAAUUACUGUGAAGAUUAACCAGUCACUUCAAAAAGGUAUAAACUGUGUGUGAAAGUAAUCUAUCAGCAAGAGCCUAAAAAAAUUGCACUACCCUAAUACUGGUUGGAAAAAAAAAGUCUAUUUUGUAUAAGAUAUACAUGCAAAUAUUAUCUUCAGAAAUUAAGGGCAGAUUGUAUUUCACUGGUUAUGGCUUUCAUUAAAGUCUGUUUUGUUUGUUUUUUUUUUUUGUUUUUGUUUUUUCUUCUCAGUUCUGUAAUUGUAAUCCAAUGUAAAGAAUAUCCCAAUUGUCCAUUUGUUUAAAAAGUAGUUUUCUAUUACUUCUGUAUUACACCUUUUCUGUAGUCAAUGUUGAUCUUUUCACCUACUUGAUUAAAUGUUGGACUAAGGUUUCUUUGCUUGGUACUUUUAAAGAGCUUUGGUGAUACGCCGAAGCAGUAUGGUGGUAAGCUGAUAACCGUUGUCGAUGGUUUGAAAAUUGUUCGCCGGAAUGGUUUUCUGUCAUGAUGAAGAAGUUACAGCUAUCAGUCGUUCAUAUAUAAUAAAUGCGCUUUUCCAUCCUGGUG